UGUUGCUCUGCUCUCUUGCAUCAUCAGUCAACCUCCAGCAGCCACAACAUCCCCUAAUUCAUUCAAUACAUCUGUGACCCGAAGUUUUCCAUCAGCUUUGGGUUCACAAAUAUUUCCUCUUCUCUUUUCAUCUUAAUCCCAUCCGUCUGAUAUUAUUCUGUUCGCAAUCCCGAUAGCUCCGCGACAAAGCCGCCCAUCAUGAAGGGAGCUAUGAUGACAGCAGCUGUGCUGCUUGGCACCGCCGAGGCCGGUGUCCACAAGCUCAAGAUGAAGAAGAUUCCCUUGGAGGACCAGCUUAAAACCUUCGACCUCAAUGCACAGAUGCGAGGUCUCGGCCAGAAGUACCUCGGCAUCCGCCCUGAAUCGCACCAGCAGGCUGUCUUCAGCAAUGAUGCCGUUCAGGCCAGCGGGAACCACCCUGUGCCGAUCAGCAACUUCAUGAACGCGCAGUACUUCUCCGAGAUCACCAUCGGCACUCCUCCCCAGAAUUUCAAGGUCAUCCUCGACACUGGAAGCUCUAACCUCUGGGUUCCCUCAUCGUCUUGCGGGUCUAUCGCUUGUUAUCUUCACAACAAGUACGAGUCGUCUUCUUCAUCGACUUACAAGAAGAACGGGACCGAGUUUAAGAUCCAAUAUGGCUCCGGCAGCAUGGAGGGUUUCGUUUCCAACGAUGUUAUGACCAUCGGAGACCUGAAGAUCAAGAACCUUGACUUCGCCGAAGCUACUAAGGAGCCUGGCUUGGCUUUUGCCUUUGGCCGAUUUGACGGAAUCCUCGGUAUGGGUUUCGACAGGCUGUCGGUGAAUAAGAUUGUCCCGCCAUUCUACGCCAUGGUCGACCAAAAGCUUAUUGACGAGCCUGUGUUCGCCUUCUACCUCGCUGAUGAGAAGUCGGAGUCCGAGGUUGUCUUUGGUGGUGUCAACAAGGACCACAUCGACGGGAAGAUCACCGAGAUCCCCUUGCGCAGGAAGGCUUACUGGGAGGUUGACCUCGAUGCCAUUGCUCUUGGCGACGAGGUUGCUGAGCUCGACAACACCGGUGUGAUCCUGGACACCGGCACUUCGCUCAUUGCCCUCCCUAGCCAGCUUGCUGAGCUCCUGAACAGCCAGAUUGGCGCCAAGAAGGGCUACAACGGACAGUACUCGAUUGACUGCGACAAGCGCAAGGACCUCCCGGAUAUCACCUUCAGGCUCAGCGGGUACGAUUUCCCCAUCAGCGCCUAUGACUACAUCCUGGAGGUGUCGGGCAGCUGCAUUUCGACCUUCAUGGCUAUGGACAUUCCUGAGCCUGUCGGUCCUCUUGCCAUCCUGGGUGACGCAUUCCUGCGCCGCUACUACUCCAUCUACGACCUUGGCAAGGGAACUGUUGGCCUGGCCAAGGCCAAAUAAACAGAUGACCUCGAAAGUGUCUUCGAUGCGGAUGGUUGUCAAUUUCACGACCGGAACCAUCAAAUGAGGGCUUGUACCUUGGUAUUCUGUACCUUAUGUAGGACUUUUUUUUCUUGUUUGGCAGAGCCUGCAUGCACAGGGCCGACUCCAACUAGUUUCUUUUGUGUCUUUUCGCAUUUCCUCUACUCAGAGUUUUUGGGUUUCAUUGCUUAAUCAGGGGACAGAUCAUUACCAACUGGUCUCAUCACACAUAACCUCUUCGGUGGAACGGUUUCCUAGUGUACGGUACAGAUAGUCACAGAAGAAUUUACUGCAUAUUCGAUUGA